AACCAGCAAUCUUCUACUAUUCGCAUUCGCGUUGGCAUUACUUGGCCACGUUUAGCAGCAGUAGCAGUUUCGUCACGUUUAUUUUAUCAAAUCGUUGUGCUACGAUACGAAAAUUGGUCUGUCUGUCAAGGUCAGGAGCAAAAAACUACCCCAGUGGCGUUAGCGGCCUGUUCGGCGGGAAUGCAGGUGUUGGGGUUCGAGCAGCGGCAGCAAUAGUAGGUGCAGUUGCAGUAGCAUCACCACCAUAACCAACAGUGGCUAUAGAGAAGCUAAUGGCAUUACUCUAUUGUAUCCAUUACUUCAUCGAUGCAGCUCCUGUAAAUGAUGAUAGUGCUCCCGUGGUCGUGAUUAAAAUGAAAUGAAUCUCACUGAGGCCCAGCAGUGAGCGUGGUAUAUUGGAGUAAGGAAAUCGUUUUAACCGGCCAGGAAUCAUCAUAUAUCAACGUCUAGUCGUGAACUAUUAGUUUAACCGUGAGCUACAGAAACCAGUAUCAAGCGGCAGCACCAUAUCGACCUCAGCUUAACCCUCAGCCCGCCGAGGGCAGCGCUUGUAGACUAGACUCCACAAAAGCUAGAAAUACAACCAGUAAAAUCGCAUCAGCAUCAGAAGUUAUAGUUUCAGUAAAACGACCAAAGCGAGGGUGGAUUCAGUCAAGCACUCAACAGAGUUCAGUGCCCGAAGGCGCCAAGUCCAAGACGCCCAAGAGUCACGAGUGUACACACUCUAACGAGACAAUCGACCUAGCAGCACAAGCUAAUAAGGAACGAGAAUACGUACUAGAAUUUAAAAAAAAAAAAAACAAAAAACGUAGAGUUAAGUAAGAGCUGCAACGAAAGCAAGUCAUAUCCAGCAAAAGCAGCAAGCGGGUACCGUGGGGUGACAGGCCCAUGUGAUAGGAGUAGUACUGGCAGCACCAAAGGCAGCAUGGGUGGCCCAGGCUGAUGAGGCCUUUAUAGCCGCCAACAAGCCCUUCGGCCGGCAAGAUGUGAGACCGCCGCGGGCGCAUUCGCCUACUUCAGCCCACAACUUCAGCCGUCUAAAUAAGAGAGAUUAUAACCUAAACAGAAAAAAAGAGAAAGGAAUAGCGUCAGCUUCUACAGUAGCCAACAUCAUCGAACACACAGCCAGGGUUAGAGAGAAGCCGAAACGGAAGAACAAUUCAGCAAAGGUCUACCGUUCCAACAAUCGAUUUGUCAAUCUAUAAAUCCAGCCAUCUAUACGAGCAACGACGAACAAACAAAGCAUAGCAAUAUAGCCAGUAAAGCGAUGUAGAGCAUGGAAAGCGAAAACAGGUAAGAGACGCGACGGAGCUGAAAAGAACGCCUAAAAGAUCGAAAAAUGGCUUCUUAAUGAAAGUGACAACUCGUUUCGGCAUGGAGCGUUAACAAAUCAUCGCGGCAAGCAAAAACCACGACGUAAAGAAAAAAGCAUUUAAGUAAAGAGGUAAGCAGCGGCGUCAUUUUAUGUACGCCCUUAUGAGGGGGCUGUGGCAUCGUGCGGAGUAAUUGACGUACCGUCCACAGCCUCUUUAUUGGAAGACACGCGGGCAAACCCCAAACCUGUCCUUUACUUGAGAGCUCAAGCUCCUAUUAAAAGGACAAGGAGUGGAUGCUGUUUACUCCGUGAGAAAGCGAACAAGUUCCAGCCAGAACUUGGCUGGAAACCGAAACCGGCUUUACGAAUACCAAUAUCGGCUCACAUUGACACUAACAAUAAGGCUCGACACGAAUGCUCUCUAAUAUGCAUGGCUAAAUAACUCCAAGCAUUAACAUAGAGUAGCCUAUACAAGAGGUGGCUGUUAGCCUAUUAACUGAAAAGUGUGAAGCUCGCCGAAUGAUAACAUCUAUCCAAAAAGCAAGGCAUGAUAUUUGAAGGUGGAAAAAGUCCUAGUUGUAGAUAGCGUGAGUACACGAAUACAGUCAACUAAUUUUUGUGACGUGUGAUCUGCAUGAUACAGACACUGUGAAUGAGGGCUCCGCUUCACGUAGAGUUCGGGUCAUGGCCAGGUGCGAAGGGGGCAAAGGCCUGGCGUUGUGAGAAGAGAAAGGCACCAACAUCAUCAAAUAAUGCCAAAAGCUCGGUAGCAACCGAGAAAAUAAAAUCAGCUUUUACCAUUGUCCCUACUGUAUCUGCCGCGCUGGAAGGCCUAAAGUCGAAUGCUUUUUCGGCUUCCAGUGGUAAGAAGUCGUACCAUAGCCGGCUUAUGACAAAGAUUCCUGUUAAUCAUCGUUAUUGUGACAGCAAAACAAAUACGAAUAAUCUGAGCUCUUGUUCAGCGCGAGUUUCUAACGCUAUCAUUGCGGGCCAAAAGCCCGACUUCGGCCUGAAACUGGAGGGAGAUGACCAGUCAUUCUUUGGAGCAUUACAACAGAGAUCCCCAAGUACGCAGGACGCCCUCCGGUAGAGCGCAUUACCAAGAUACAAAUAAUACAGCAACUAAUUCUUAUACAAAUAUAACUACUGCUACUUCUACUUAUCAUACUAACGCUAGUUCAAGUUCCGCUACCGCGGGCUACCCAAACGUCUCAAUAUCUCAAUCGCCUUCAACACGUGAGAGCCCUGUUGCAAGGCAAGGUCCGAGUUCUGUUCAGAUCGUCACCGACUCACCGACCGAGGAGGCCCUCGGCAGAGGAGAGACCCACGCACACGAUCAAGUUCAGCACCAGUCUAGAAGGAGAAGCCAGCAGCAACAACAUCACCAUCGUCAGCAACACAGCGCCGUGCAUCCUCCUACGACAGUAUCGUCACAGCAAACUCAGCCGAGCCAGUCGGCAACCCUAGGAAACGCGCAGCCGCAUCACCGGCAGUCGCCUCACGCGCACACGGAUCGUGAUUUCAGCGUCGGCGUUCAAGAGCCUUGCGAUUCAAGAAGGGAGCCUCAUAAUUUCGAGCGUGUCGGCAGCCCUUCUCAGAGGUAUUAUCAAUCGCAGUACCAACAACAGCCGGCGCAACAGCACCUGUCGAAACGUCAACGAUCCGCUGAACAUUCACAUCAUAACCCUGCUUAUCAGCAACAACAACAUCAUCACGGUCACUCCGGCAGCCGACAGAGUCCACAUAGUCAACAACCACAACAGUACUAUCACCACAGCCAACAACAGUCGUACGAGUCAACAGCUUCUCACUCCCAGCAGGUGGGAGGAUCAGUUCACCCGCGAUUCGCAGACGAAGCAGUGGAUCAUCAUUUCGAAUCGGCGCGGGACAAUACAGGUUUUUGUGAACACAGCACGACGACGCGCGGCGCGAUGGGUAGUGCGGGAGCAUAUUAUGACGAUCCCAUGAUGGGAGCUAUGGACUCCGGCGGCAGGGGGACCCAUCGAAGCCGGUCUGCAACCGGAGUCCCGCUGAGAAGCUACCACUCAAUGGAACGCGACCAGGACCGAGAGUUCAUGCCUAUCCGGGAGCCCCGUGAAAGAUCAUUGGACCGCGGUCUAGACUCUGUAUCGGCUCGCCACGCGGCCGGCAGGCGAAGCGAUCGUGGCUACGGAGCUGAUCCGUAUCAACACGAUUCGCAUCACGCCUACCGCGACCUUGAGGGAGACCCCUACGGUGCGCAACAUGCAUCUCGCAUGGGUGCUGCUGUAGGGGGCGUCGGUAUGGGCGGCGUUGGCGUAGGUCACGCUUAUGACCGAAGCGGCUACGGCCCUGCCGGACCAGCCGGCGCGCGCGGAGGCGACAGCUUCGUCAUGGAGUUACAAAGUCGACUGAAUGAAUUGCAAGCUCAGUAUGGCACGGUUAAAAGGGAGCUCGAUGCGACCACCCAAAAAUUGGGAUCAUCGAUGCAUAGCAUAAAGACCUUCUGGAGUCCCGAGUUGAAGAAGGAGCGAGCGUUACGCAAGGAAGAAGCAGCCAAAUAUGCCCUCAUCAAUGACCAGUUGAAGCUUCUUCGAACCGAGAAUCAGACUGCGGGCUCGGCAAGUUCGCUGCUCGGGCGUUCGGCGGGUCUCUAUGGGAGCUCCUCAUCUCGGCCUUCGAGCCGCCUUCAGGCGCUCACCUCGCUGACUGCGCCUCCAGGCAGCGCUGGCCUUGGCCUCCCUGGCCUCGGUCUCGGUAGCGGCCUGGGUGCCAGUAAUAGUCACUCUGUAGUAGGCUCUUUUGGGCUAGCUAGUAGUGCAGCUCAGCUUAACCAUCACCAUCCUACGCCAGGUAGCAUAGGUGUAGGCAACGCCGGCGUGGGCAGGGCGCUUGGCGACUCUUUGCUGCUCUCCGAUGGGCUGAGGAAGCCGCUGAGCCUCAACCGACCUGCUUCGGCUCUCGGCCGGGCGCGGCCGUCCUCCGCCCUGGGACACCCUCUGGGCACGAACAGCUCCUUGGCCACGACCACAACCUCACAGCAACAAACCGCCAGUGGCAGACAGACCAAUACAAAUCACCCCUCAUCCCUUACGAACAAUCUUGUCGCCCCACGACCAGCAUCAGCCCUGGGAGACCCCUCAUACAUGUCAAAGAAACAAACAGCACUGAUCCGGCAGCUGGAGGAAGAACUUCGCAUCGCUCACAUGCAGCGCAACCCCGACGCGGAACUGCAGUCGCACCUCGACGCACUUUACGCUGAAAAGGACCACAUGACCAAGGAGAUAUUCCUGCUAAGGGAGACCAUCAAGGAACUAGAACUUCGCAUAGAAACGCAGAAACAGACGCUAGCCGCCCGUGACGAAAGUAUCAAGAAGCUGAUGGAGAUGCUGCAGUCGUCAAAGGGUGUGGGCUCCCAGCUUCUCGAUGAACAGCGCAUCGAGAACGAGCGCCUUCGGGGGAGACUCAUCGAGGCGGAAGCCCGCACCCGGCACCUCGAGUCCAUGUUAGAAAACCUUAAAAGAGAUCAGGACCGGGGUGACCUGGGCAAGAACCGACAGUGCGACCCCUGCUCUGUAACGGUCUCCUAUGCUACAGCGCCAGCGAUAAGAACAUUUCAACAUCAGCCACAUCAAGAUCAGAGCCGCCAACGAAAUCUUAUUGAUCGGGAGACACAAACACCAAAGCUGCGACGACAGUCGGGUGUCAAAUGGUCUUCCCUUGCAGGAGGCUCGACCGGCUCUUCAAGUUCCCCCCAUUCACCUGCAGUCCCCAGAGAACCUAGGCUACUCCGACAGGAAGUGAUCAUCGCGGAAAAAAACAUCCAAGAUCACAUCGCGCUGUUAGAGGCUAUCAUCGAAACUAAGGACGCGCGAAUUAAUGCACUGGAGCAGGAACUCGAAUUGAUGUCCCGGGAUCCUAUUUCCCGGCAACUGUUUCUAGCUGCACACAACCUCAGUGGCCGACCUAUAUCCAAAGACGUCCGCUUGGUUCCUACUCCGCCUCCGCAAACAUCGGCUUCAUCGGGGGCAGCAUCAGCAGGAGAACCAAUGUCAAACGAGCACUCCUAUUGCCUGCAUCACUCCGACCGUAAUUACGGUCACAUGUUGGCUAUUGGAAAUGAUGUAGGUCAUCACCCUGUACUGAGAGUUUCCAACAGCGACCCUGUCAUCUUGUCGGAUAGCGGCUUCGUCUACACGGCGGCAAGCCAUAACGAUAAUGAUACGCGUCCGCCUAUGGCUCUUUCCCAUUCGAUUCAAAAUCAUACAAAUCGUCACCAUACGACCGCCCUUCCGCGCACCAUUUCGAUGCAUCAUUCCAUUGCAGACGGCUACGUGAACUUCCCCAUUGGAAGGCAUGUGAAUUUUUUGACAACGAAUUUAGACGACGAUCAAAUUGAUCAAGGUCCAUGGAUAGAGCCUUCUGCGUCUGUCCUCUUCACCAACCCGAUUUUGCAGAAUAGGUGCUCGUUCUUUAUUCAGGUGGAAGAACUGCGACUCGAGUUGAACAAGAAGGAGCAGGAGGUUUUGGCACUCGGGGCGAAGAUGAAAACACUCGAAGAGCAGCAUCAGGACUACCAGCGGCAUAUUGCUGUGCUCAAGGAGUCUCUGUGCGCCAAAGAGGAGCAUCACAACAUGCUGCAAGCUGACGUUGAGGAAUUGCGUGCGCGUCUCGAGGAGAAGAAUAAACUGAUCGAAAAGAGGACUCAACAAUCCAUGGCUACAAACCAGGAGCGCAGUCAUCUCAAUCAGGAACUUCAAGAACUUCGGGACCACAUGGACAUCAAGGAUAGAAAGAUCAACGUGCUACAACGUAAGAUCGAGAACCUGGACGAACUCCUAAAGGAGAAGGACAAUCAGCUAGAUAUGGCUAGAGCGCGCUUGACGGCCAUCCAGGCCCACCACUCUACCAACGAAGGAGCUCUGACUGGUCUUGAGGAGGCGCUACAGGACAAAGAGAAACAGAUAGCUCAACUGCGCGUUCAACGCGAUCGUGCUGAGCAGGAACGUAACGAAGAACGGGAGCUACACGAGCGCGAAAUUGCCGAGUAUAAAAUGCGACUGCAUUCCAUCGAAUCCGACAUGGACAAGUUACAGGUUCGCCUCGACAAAGCGGCAGCAGAAAAAGAUCGGCUUGAAGGUCGACUGGAGACGUCGCAGUCGGAACUGGGUCAGGUUCGGGCGGAGCUCGACAAGAUCCACGAUGAACACAAUAGAACCGCUAACGAAUGGGACCGAAUGCGCUCGGAAAAUGCCAGGCUUAUUCUGGACAACGACCGUCUGCGCGAGAACAUAGACAGAUUGGAGGCCCGGUUAACGCGGGAGAGUCGGGAGCGAUCUCGUGAACGCGAGCGGGAACGUGAGCGGGAUCGAGACCGGGAUCGAGAUCGAUCUCGGGAACGAGGCGACUGGGGAGACAGAGAUGAACGGGGCUCGUCGAGGAGCCGUCUCGGAGCCUCGCCAGCCAGGUCCCUCUACCCCAGUUCCGAGGAACUUGAACGUUUACAGGAAAAAUUAGAUAAAACUCAGUCUGAACUCCGAAGGGCGCAAGCUGAACUUCGAAUGAAUCAAGCAGAGACGGACCGGAAGUGCGCAGAGGUCGACCAACUUCAGGAGAAGGUGGAACGCUCUCAAGGCGAGAUCUACCGGCUUAAGGCGAAACUAGAGAAUGCACAAUCCGAGCGGGAAGCCCUGCAGGAAGAGUAUGACAGAGUGCAGGGUAUGAUCGCGCGGUACCACCUGGAAAAGGACUCGCAACAAGGAGAAACUGAAAAGCUUAAAUCCGAGCUUGAACGCGUCCAGGGAACGCUAAGCAAAGUGCAAGCGCAAUACGAUAAAACGCAGGCGGCACUCGACAAGGCGCAGAUGGACGGCGACAGGCAAAUUCUUCCGGAUUGCGUUCAUUUUGUAUGUGGCAACUUUGAGGCAGCACAACUCUGCCGUCCCUCGUGCAUUUGUCUGGUUACUUUGAUUGAGCUACAAAAGGCGGUAUCCGAAAACCAGCGAUUACAAAUGGAAGUAGACCGAUUAAAGCAGGACCUUGAAGAUAGCGAAAAAUAUAUCGCACAAGUUCAGCAAAAUCUGCCCAAGGACAAAGGUGCUAACGAGCAGUUGCGUAGUGAAACGAAGCAGCUAUCAGAGCAAUUGGAGCGGGUACAACAGGAACUGUACAGGACGGCGGAAGAGAGGAACAGGUUGGAGAUGGCCGUACAGGAAUUGAGCGGAGAACUCGAGAGAUUACGCUCCAUCAACUCAGGACGUCCUGGCGAGGCAGAAGCGCAGAUGAAGGCAGAGCUCGAACGAUAUAACAAACAAAUUGUUGCACUUCAACAACAGAUCCAAACCAGCGCCCAGCAGACGCAGAAGUAUGAAGCCGAAAACCGAGAGUUGAGAGAUAAACUCGAGAAGUCCCUAAACGCCGUUACUCAAUUCCAGAAGGAUAUUGAGGGACUUAAAAAGGACAACAGCAAACUGACCGAAAUGAACAGCACAUUGCAGCAGUCUCAGCAGGAGAUGGGACAACAAAUGCAACAGCUUCAAGAAACGGCGGCAAAGGCUGCGGCUGCGGCAAGUCAACAGCUACAGCAGCCUCAGCAAACGGAAGCAAAUGGCGCUGCAAAGAACGGUACCGGUGCAACGGUCAAUCAGACGGCGGAAAAGCUUCAGAUGGAACUGGAUCGAAUGCAAGUCGAGCUCGAGACUCAGAGACAGGAUAACAUGCGCCUCACCCAGGAAGUCCAACAGUACAUGAAAGGUCUCGAGCAGGCUCAGAGCGAGAUCAAAAACUUCGAAGAAGAACGAAAACGCUUCCAGCAACAACUCGAAAAUCUCGUGCAGGAAAUCGAAAAACGAGAGGCCACAAUUCAGGCUGGCACUCAACAACAGGCAGCGAUGCAACAACAACUGCAGCAACUACAAGCACAGCUGGCUCAAGCCAGCCAGGCCAACCAGGCAAACAACGCGCAACAGGCCCAGGCGGAAGCCGAAUUGGCCGCGAUGAAGAAACAGCUGGACGAAAGACACAAAGCGCUUGAACAACUUGAACAGAAACUCAGGAAGAGAAAGGAGCAAAUUGAUGCCGCGGAGGCUAACGUCAAAAAGGCUCAAGCUGAGCUGGAAAAACAGAAGCAGAUGUUGGCCGCUCAAAGCGCUAAUGCGAACGGUGGCGCCCCGGAUGAGGCUCUGAUCCAGAAGCUACAAGAGAUGACGAUGCGAUGCGCAGACCUCGAAAUGAAACUGAGCCAGGGUGGCGGGGGUGGGGGAGCAGACGAGGCUGAGGUUAAUCGAUUACUUGACAUUAUGGCCGACCUCGAACAGGAAAAAGCUAAAAUGCAAAAACAAAUACAAGAACUUACCGAGAAACUUAAAGUGUUCCAAACCGGAGGAGCAAUGCCACAAGGCGGCCCUGGUCCUCACCCGCCGCAGCAAAGCGCAGCCUCAGCCCCAACUGCUAGUGGCACUCCCCAACAGAAACAGCUUCAACAAGCGGCGCAGGGCCCUGGCCCCCAGCAGCAGGCACCACAAGGACAACAGACCGCAAUAAGAGCGCAAGCACCACAGCAAAGACCGCAAGCCUCCGCACAACAGCAGAGACCCGAUUAUAUCAGCGAAUUUGCUGUGUGCGACGUGGGCAGCGGCGACUGUGUGCGUGGUGACCUAAACAACAACAACAGCAACAGAAACAAUGUCAACCCCAGUAAUCGUGAUCAUGACAAUAACGGUGUAGCAAACCAAGAAAUCAAUCGGUUGGAACUUUUAGAAGAAGCUCUUAAAGAAAGUAUCGCGCUAACCGUUCAAGCAGAGCUGCAGGUCCGCCUCAAAGAGGAAGCUCUUACUAUGGCAAACAGCAAGAUCCUCGCGCUUGAAUCGGCCCUGGCGUCGCCGACAUUCCAGUGUAUGGAGUGCCCGAAUCUACGGAAGCAGAUCAGGGCCGUUGGGCGAACUCUAACGCUAUUGCGAGAGCAGCGUAAUAAACAUCUUGAAGACAUCUUUGAUCUCAAAAUGGAGGCGUUCUCUACGGCCUUAAGUGAGAUCGACGAGAAGGCAGCAAGACUCGAGAUGUCAUCACGUGCCGAAGACAAACAACUGCUAAGCGGGUUGCGACAGAAGCGUGAUGCAUUGCGCAGGCGAAUUGCUCAGGAAAACGAGCGUCGAGUCGGAAUGCUCGCCAAGCUAGAUAAAGAGGCUGCCUUAAGGGACGUGGAAACCGCAGCUGGUCAAGUAAAUACCGAACCUGCGAACGAGCAGCCGGGUACUGCAUACUCUGCCAAAACGACAGCGAGAUCCAUUAACUAUCAAUUUCAACCCCAGUCGGGUCUGAUCUGGCCUUCAUCCUGUGAUAAAAAGAUGUCAAGUGAAGAAUAUCAGCCAGCGAAUGAAAUCAGAUCACAACUGGGCGCUGAAACAACUGCACACGGAUCCCUUUGGCAAAGUUAUUCUCGUCCAACAUCUCCAACGGGCUGGCUUCGACGACAAGAACACAUCACAAGAGCGAUAACGUCAUCACCAUCAUCAUUGGUAGGGGGCGCCGGGGCACAAGGGGCAUCGCUAUCGAGCAGUGAAAGUCGCUCGGGAGAAGAGACCUCUGUCUAGAGAGGAUGCCACCAACGCGAUCAAUAACUCGGGAUCAACUCUUGAUCAAUUCUUGAAUUAUCUUCACUUAUUCGAUUCUCUAACAUCAUCAACAAUGAGAAAAAUGAUGAAAAUACUGAAGUCAUUCAGAACGUCGACCAAAACAAUAGCUACUUAAGUUGAACUACUGCAACAAACAUGCGAACAGCCCUGGCGACGACAACCAAUAAUUCAUAUGGAAGACGUGUAAGAUGAUGCAAUUCAUAAACAAGUCGUGUAUUGUAGAGAAGUAUGGCAGAGAUGAAGAACUUCACAAACCGUUUCUGUGUUUGUCCAUCGUUUCUACCAGGACAGGUUUUUCUGCGAAGGUCCACAAUACGCAGUCAGUCGGCGUAUCAGCUUCAAUCACAUAGCAGUGAAGAAGGGAGUUAAUAAUGAAGUAAUAACAAUACCAAAUACCGAAGUCGAAGCCGAAAUAGCACAACGCAACAGAAGAUGAGGUAAUGUUGUCCUCAGAGCAGUUAAUAUCAUGACAUUUAAUAACAAUAAUAAUAGUUACCUAAAUAAAUCCACCUCAAUAAUAGCACUAAUCAUCGAAAAAAUGUGACAUGUGUAAAACUAACAAUAUUCGUAGUAACUAUGAAACGCUGAUCUUUCAGUUUUCUGAGUUUGAUAACAAUAAAAGCUAGUAAUAAACAGCAGUAGCAGCAGUAGCAGGAUAGCGAUAAGCCUCUUAGACACAUAUACUAUUUAUCGAACAAGCCCCAGCGCAGAACGAUCCUUAAAUAUGGCCGAAUUUAAAACAGGCUUUUGUUUGAAGGAAAUGUCAAGAUGUAUAAUGUUAGGUUUGGGUAACUAGGUGUAAUUAACAUCAUGUGAAUAUAUCGCAUACGAUCCCAAUUGCGGUGAUAACUGGUACCAGAAAAUUAAAGAUACUUCCUUUUAUUCUGUUAAUACAUAAUAUAUGAUAUAAAAACAACAAGAAUUCCUGGAUAAAAACAACAAUAUGGCUGAAUGGUACGAUGAUUUAAAUAAAUGUAGUCACGCUGCAAUGCUUACCCUGAUGACUAAACAAGCAUGCGAGUGUAGUGUCAUUAUAGUAUGACAUACACAUUGCAAAGGGUAUGCAAAUAUAAUAAUAAUGCUUAAAAAGCAGUACAACUAUAGCAGAAGCAACAACAAGAUGAAUAUUAUCGUAAGCGAGUGAUUACUAUAAUUAAAGACAAAAAGAUCACACAGAGAACGGUGGAGAAAUACGGUGUGCAUCCUAAAACAAACAACAAAUUAAAAAAACUACCAAACAGGCACACAUACACACACACUAGACUAGAAUAAAGUAAUAUAGAAACCAGGCUAGGUCUAAGCACCCUCGAAAAGACCCAAAAAGCCUGCUACACAUUACUCAUUUGGGCGGAGAUCUCAUUCAGUGAUAAUGACUGAGGCAAAAGAAACCGUUUCAGUUGUUGUGAAGUGAUGGGAAAGCAGUGUGGCACGAACUAUCGGCAUACGGUCAUUUUAGCAAUAGUAACAGUACUAAUACCAACAAUUUCGAUGAUGAUAUUGAUCGCCGGGUGGCAUCAUCAAUCAACCAUCACAGAAACAAAAUGACUGUCAAAAUGUCCGUAGUAGUGUUGGUGACCGCACAGACCGAUAUAGGCUCGAUAAGACCAUCAAGACAUUAAGUAAAAAUACAUAUAUAGGUAUAUGCAUAUAAAAAUUAUAUAUAUAUAUAUAUAUAUAUAUAUAUAUAUAUAUAUAUAUAUCUACGUUGGUCAGUCUUAAUAAUAAGUGUAUGAUGAAGGAAACUAUAAUGAUUAUAGCUACAUGAUGGGCUGAUCGAUUAAUUCGUGAAAUUUCAUGCGGCUUCGGUAAACCAGGAUAGUGACAAACAUCGAUGCAAAUCCAAUUAAAGAACCCGAUUGGAAACCGUGAUUUCUGAAAUCCUUUGGUCAGAUCUCGUAAAAUAUCAUCAGCUGUCUCUAUUCGUUCACGGUAAUAAUUUCGGCUUGCUAUGUAUUUAACACACUACAAACAUGCGUGCAUACAUGUACACAGGCCGAAACAUUCAAACACGUUAAUAGUAAUAAUAAUGCGAAGAUUGACAACUCGUAGAUGUAAAUAGUAUUAUGCACGACUAAGCAUAUACACAAGCAGACGUUUACUCAACAUGGAAUAUAGCAGUAAUUGCAAAAAAGCGUAACUUACAUCGCGCAGCUCCGCUUACGCAAAGACCGUCAAAAAGGACGGAGCACGAGGCUCAUGCUAUUGUAUCAGCCUACCUAGGGGAAUAAAAACCAGAGAGAUUAUUCCUUAAAUGUCCGGCUAUAAUUACACAAAAUAGAAUAUAUAAUAAAUGACAUGAAGAUAUACACAGUAAUACAGUGAUAGUGAAGCGCAACGGAAAAUGUGAGAUCGCGUUUAAUUUUUAAAACUGUUUGUCCAAUUUUUGAAGAAGGGAACUGAGAUCAAACAAAGCAAAAACAAGACAAACACGCAGAAUGUAUUACAAAACCAUGUUGAGUAGUUUUCGGUGAGAGUCAAUUAACAGCAGCAACGCAUUAGCUCUAAAAGGAGAAAUAAGCAAAACCUUUCUAUUACUUUUAGCGGCCAGCGACUUCAAGAUAUUCUAGCUCUUAUAGAACAAACUAACAUUAGCGCGAAGAGUGGAGCGACGAAAGUCAACAAAUAAACAAAGCAGAUACAAAGGAAAUAGGUCAUCGAAAAUUUACACAAAGAGCAGGAACUACGAAAUUUGGUGAUCUGCGCCAUUGUGCGCAUAAAAAAGCAGCGGUUGUUCUUUGGAAGGCGAACUUCUCCUGCACUAACGCGACGUCCUAAGGUUGCAAAAUCCCGAUUUUGACGCCGUUUCUAUUUCUUCUGCCAGUGACAUCCGCGCGGUCGCCCGUAUACCCAACGUACUCUUUUUGCUCCCAAGUUUAAAUUUAGUUUUUCAAUUUCCUUAUUUCUCUGCAUUUGAAAAAGCUGCUUUUUAGUGGACAGUUCUACCAGUGGAUCUUUAUAGAUCUUACUGAUAAUUCGUAAAGUGCCUAGCACGCCCUUAUAAUGUGCGGCUUAUCGUGUCGUUUUUAUAAUAAAAACCGCUAAGUUCAGCCUAAGCUUGAUCUCAGCCAGUUUAAACGCUAUAAGUGAUGUAAUCACUACUUCGCUAUAAUAAUAAGAUUUACAAAGCAACUCUGAUGAGCUAUUGUUGUUAUUGUUGUUCCUGAUUCUUGCCUAUUCCUGAAGAAAACUUGACUGAAUUUGCGAUAAGAAUACAAUUUUCGGUGUCUAAUCAGACGAUCUCCCGCACCGUUAUUUACGAUUGCCAACUAUGCCUUACACAUCAGACAUCGACUAUGGCAAUUGUCCAUUAGCUAAUAUUAAAAAAAAGCUAAGACUGCCAGACCUCGCGGAUUGUCAGCUUGUGGCCUACUUCAGCAAACUCGUAUCGUUCGAAACGCACGACCUUGAUCACAUGUGAUGUUCGAAUAAACUAAACCGUACAUCUUAAUAGUAGGGCAUCGCAUUAAACUGUAACAUGAAACGACGCAAACAGAUAACAACAAUAUGCAAAUGAAAAACAUAGACGUUAGUAGAAAAACAAGCAGCAAUACGCGAAUGUUUCUAUUCCAAGGAGAAUGAUGACCACAGACAUUUUGCAUGCGAGAAACAACAUGCAAAUCAUCUCCUAAGGCCACAGUCACCGCGUCCAGUCAAUUUCCCCAAAUGCUUUUAGUGCCAUUUCUGCCAUUCCACCCAGCAACGUCUCAUUCUCAUUGAUCUUCAUUCCCUCUACUCUGUGUCUAGCAAAUUGAAGUACUGGCUAGCACGACACAAUGGUGGCCAUUAUAAGAGAAGUUAAAAACGAACACUUUCUUUUGCCGUGUGUGCUUUUUGUGUAUUCAUUAAUAGAUUGAGAUACUCAUUGAUAAUGCUUCUAUAGCGAUAUAUUUCGCUGUUAUUUAGCAAAUUAACUUGUGUUUGUGAACUAAACGUAUCAAAUGAUAAUGCUAGUGUAAUGAUAAGCGCGCUAAUGAUGAUAACUGUGGCGACGAUGAUGCUGAGGGUCAUGUUGUUGCCUAUUGAUUACUAUUAAUAUCACUGUUUACUUUUAGACCAGUUUUAGCCGUCUAUGAAUGACAGAGUAGUAAGCUUACUUGAACGAUUAAUUGUGCCUUGUUAAUAUCAUUACUGCUGCACGAAUUUCCACGGCUUCUUCGUUCAUUGUUUUAGGUCACACGAAAUAAUAUAGGUGUGUAUGAAGUACAUGUCUUAGAGCUAUCAUCGAAGCCAAGCAUCUAGAAGUUUGCUAUUGAAGCUCACUAUCAUGACGACUUACGCUCAUCACCUUUACCUACUAAUCUAUUGUAUCAAAAUUUUUACACCCUUAAGAACUGGUGCCGACAUUCGACGUCUUAUACAAGCACACUGUUCAUGGAUUCCUAAUCGCAGAAGCAUAUUAAAUAAUUCAUAUAUUAUCUUAACUGGCACCAUUUGCGGACGAUUAACUUGACUUGGCGUAAUGCUUUUUGCCAAUUGCUAUACCCCUCUAGAGAACAUGGUAGUCAUUACGGAACAAAUUUUUCUUAUAAUGUUAUCUAGAGGUCUAUGGCUCGUUUAAAUUCCGAGUGCUAAUCAAAUCAGCUUCACUUAUUCAUUGCCAAGUUCAAUGUUGGCAAUAUGACACAAUGAUGUGUUCCCCUUUAUAUAGCCUAUUAUCCCCGAUUAAGUCUGAUGAUCCGUAAUCGUAUUGUUCGUGUGACAAUAAAGGAAAGCGUUUCAAUAAAUCGAUCUUAUUUGAAGUGUGUAAUGCUUCGUACCUUCAGAGCUUUCUUACUAGAUCUCGUUACGUUAUUGGUUGUCAUUGCCCUGAGAUUGAAUAACCCAUAACACUAGACAUGUUAUGAAUUUGCUUGUACCGCUUGAGGCUAUACUGCAGCCAUUCAUGAACGUAUUUAUCUCAUUAGUGAUAUAGUAUUGCUUUUCUUAAAUAAGCGCUGCUACAAGCCAACAAAGCUUUGAAAACUUAUUGUAUCUAAUUAAUAACGUAAAAGCGGCUACUGAUGCUAUUACCAAACCUCAAUUUACUCUUAAACGAGUAACGGUCUGAUAUAUGGUCACCACUUUCCCCGAACUCUGCGAUGAUCCCCGCAAGUAUAUACCACGUUGGUUGUUGCGAUUCUCUUGAAUUAAUAUCACGUAAAUUUUAUCAGAGCCUUUUUUCGCAUAUUGUAUCACAAUUGUGUCUCGAAACUUCUUCGUGUCACCCGAACAACAACUGUACAUUGAACUACUGUUGUUCACAGAUACUGUAUUCCCGGUAGGAAUAAUAACACAAACAAUUUCAGAUCCAUAUAAUUUAGAAAUGAAUUAUUAUCGUUAGAAAACUUGAUAUACGUUUGAGAUCGGUGUGUAAUUCCUAUUCACCAAGGGUACGCAUGCACAGUAAACUGCAAUGAUUCUUGUGAUUUUAAUUGACCAUAAUUAUCGCUCCUUACAUAAUACGUACAUUACAUAUACAUAUUGUAAUAUAUUAUUUAUAUUCGGAUCGCAUCACUGCAAGGUGCGAAUAAGUCUGACGUUUAAUAUAGAUCGUUAGCCACGAACUGCAGACCCAUAUCAUGACAACACGUGCAUUCGGCUAGACGCAUAUUAUGGACACAUGAAGACAAACUGAAACGAGGUCGUAAGAGAAAUAAACUUUAUAAGUGCAUUCACUCUCAUAAAAGCUAAAUAGAUCGAUUAUAUAUACAACCAAAACGUGUGAAAAAGGCUAAUGCAGUAAAACCGAAGGCCGAGAUGAGAAUACCAGCCCCAGCAAUUAAUCUUCGACCGUGACUUGCGUUUCUGAGUUGAUUAAAGAUGUUGUAAGCUGCUGUCACUUGUCACUUACUAAUAACGAUGGUAUCGCCUGCCCAGACAAUGAAGGAGACGAAUACGAGCAAUUACCGCAGUGCGCGCACAUUCGAAUUUAGCAUUGAAUUGUUGAACUCAGAUAUGCCCGCCAUACGUAUAAUGGCGCAAAGUGAGGGCGAGAGGAGACAGGUGACAUGAGUUACAACACCCUGUAUGCUUGUAUAUAGAGUAACUAAUAUGAUCUUCGUUGAAAGUAAUUACUAACGAUAUUAAUGAGAACGAUGAUAAUAGUAAUGAUGCCAGGGAUACAAACAUUAUUACUAUAACAUACAUUAACAGGAAACGUACAUUUGUGCAUGCGACACCACACCAACACCGCACCUCGGCGCAUGUUGACAGAACGAUAAAAAGCAACAGAAUACAAGACACAGGACUUUUUCAAUAAGUAAUAACGAAAGCAACAGUAAUAAUUUCGAUUAUGAUUUUGCUAUGUUUUUAUCAUCAUUUUUAUGCGAUCGCGGCUAGAAUCUAAGUGAAGAACGAAACAUAUGACUCGAAGUGGUCACGGCGAAGAAAAUACGCUUGAUAGUAGCGCCAACAAUGUUUACACUAGGAGGAAUAAUUACAGUAGUAGCAAUGAUAAUGAAACACUUAUUAUUUAUGUAAAACACACAGACCUCACACUAACAUAUACCGGGUGUUGAUAUCCUUUGAGAAAGCAAGAGGAGCGUCCACAACCAAGAUAGAAAUACACAACAAACAACAUUCACUUCGAUAAAGAACUUCGUCGCGCAAACCUAAGCAUACACACACAAUGAAUGUGAUGCGAAUAAUAAAACAGAAUAUAGAACAUUCUAAGCAAAUGUGUACUACACAUAUAUAGUAUAUAUAGAAUACAGGUAUAGAUGACAAAAGGUUGUUCGUCUUCAAGACAUUUAGAUAAUUACGAACUAAAUAUAGAAUCUAACAUGCCAAGGAUACAUGCACGUAACGUCAUUGAUAAAAGAAAGUUUAUGUAGUCCCGUAAAGGUGUUCGUAUAAUUUUUAAGUACCGUAAAUGAUGAUAAAGCGGGCAUAUGAUUUCACUCUAGCUACCAGUGAUUUCCAAACCUUCGCGAUCACACUUACUUCUUACACAUACACUUACUUAAAAUUAGUAAUUCAGUUGAAACUAGCAGUUCAUAAAGAGCUCUAGCUGAAAUUUGUGUGCAUUCCGUAAUAUUGAAUGAAAUAAAUCGUAUUUUACUGAGGUGAAUAGGACCGAUGAGGAUAACAUAAUUUAUUUUUUUAUUAUUACUAGUUUAAAUGUCAUCUACUUUUUUCAAUAAUACCAAAAAUAAUCUAACUGCAAUAAACUGGCGAAUAAAAGAAAAAGCUUAAGCUCAAUAUUGAACUAUAGUGGUAUCAGACUGUCCGGCGAAUCUAGGGUAAACAUCCAGGCUAAAUUCUAGAGUUCAGACAGUCAUCGCUCACAUUAGCACAAACUAGCGGUACUUAAAUGGAACGCAAUCACACAAGACUUAAAAUAUAAAAUUCCCAGGUUACACUACAAACUAAAUGCUACAAUAGACGCAUACGCGCAUAUGCGGAGUAAUCGAUACAGACACGGUAAAAACGGAAGCAACAGAACACAACUUUUACCCAUUGUUAUUGUGUUGGUUAAAUGAAAAUAAAUGGAAUCGCUGCUGAGAUUAUGCUGACAA